AUGAUUCAAGCUAUAAAUGCUACUGCUAUUACUCUUGUUCCUAAAAUUUUCAAUUGUUGGAGUAUAUAUGGAUCUGCCCAUUCAUGGAAUAGCACGACCACAAAAUGCGGCAACUGCCAUAAGGCAAAAAGUCUUAUAUGCGUGGGAAUAUGUGAUGAGUCACAUAAACAAUCAGAACUAGAGCUCCUUGAUCUGUCAAGAAACUCAUUAAGGCUUCGGAAGCCAGGCUUGAGGUCUCUGCUUGAGAAAUUAGGCAAUCUUAGUGAACUUGAUCUUACUGAAGUAAGAAUUUCUUCGCCGGUACCUAGUAUCUUAGCAAAUUUUUCUUCAUUGAAAACUUUAAAUUUAUCAAAUUGUGACUUGCGUGGUGAGUUUCCCACAGGAAUUUUUGAGUUACCAAGUCUUCAGUUUCUCAGCUUGCAGUCAAAUCAGAAACUUACUGGAUCUUUGCCUGAUAUUCAGGGUAAUCACCCUCUUUUGAAAUUAAGCCUUGCAGACACAGGUUUUUCUGGACGGCUGCCAGAAUCAAUUGGAAACUUCAAGUCAUUGGACUAUUUGGAUAUCAGCAGGUGCUAUUUUUCAGGUAAGAUACCAUAUUCAUUUGGUAACCUUACUGAUCUCCGACAUCUCGAUCUGUCUUUUAACAACUUUUCGGGACCUAUUCCACCUUCAGUACUUGGAAACCUAAACCAGCUCAUGUCUGUGGAUUUCUCUUUUAACUUUUUUUGUGGGGAGAUCCCUUCUUCUUUAUCCAAUCUUACCCAACUUAUUCAUCUGUUCCUUCGCGACAAUAGUUUCGACCAUGGAACCUUGUCCUGGAUUGGUGGACAAACCAAGUUAACAUACUUGGGAUUGUCAUACACCAAUUUAACUGGGAAAAUCCCAUCUUCUCUCGGAAAUUUGACCCAAAUUUCCCGUUUAUAUCUUAGGGGAAAUAAAUUAGAUGGUCAGAUUUCACCAACGAUAUGGAAUUUGUCUGCUCUUGUUUACUUUGAUUUGUUCAAUAACAACUUGAGUGGAAUACUUCCUAGAUGUAUGGGCAACCUCGGCAACUCUCUGUACGCACUCAAUCUUGGAAACAACUUAUUGACUGGAGAAAUUUCACCCACGAUAUGCAAUUUGCCUUCUCUUGUUGUCUUUGAUUUGUCCAAUAACAACUUGAGUGGAAUACUUCCUAGAUGUAUGGGCAACCUCGGCAACUCUCUGUACGUACUCAAUCUUGGAAACAACUCAUUGACUGGAGAAAUUUCACCAACGAUAUGCAAUUUGUCUUCUCUUGUUGUCUUUGAUUUGUCCAAUAACAACUUGAGUGGAAUACUUCCUAGAUGUAUGGGCAACCUCGGCAACUCUCUGGAAGUACUCAAUCUUGGAAACAACCACUUUACCGGUGCAAUUCCUCAAACAUACAAACGGGGAUGUACAUUGAAGGUAAUAGACUUGAGUCAAAAUCAAUUGCAGGGGAAGAUACCAAGAUCACUGAUCCAUUGUACCCAGCUAGAGGCUCUUCUUCUUGAAAAAAAUCAAAUGAAUGAUACCUUUCCUUCUUGGUUGGGUUCUCUUUCAGAGCUCAAGGUUCUGAUUUUGAGAUCUAGUGGACUGCAUGGUGUGAUAGGUAAACCUCAAACCAAAUAUGAAUUCUCUAAGUUGCGAAUUAUUAACCUCUCUAACAAUUGUUUAAGAGGUAGUUUGCCCUUUGGCUACUUCAGUAUUUGGAAUGCGAUGAAAGUUGCCAAUGCAGAUCAUUAUACUUACUCAAUCUCGAUCAGAUUAGCGAAUAAAGGCCUUGAACUGGAAUAUAAGUAUAUUCCAGACUUCUUGAUUGUCAUUGAUCUAUCAAGCAACAAGUUUAAUGGUCAAAUCCCCGACGCUAUUGGGAAUUUGAAGGGACUACAUGUACUUAACCUUUCAAAUAACGGUUUGAUUGGUCAUAUUCCAUCAUGCUUGGGGAAGCUAACUCAGCUUGAAUCUUUGGACCUUUCUCAAAAUAAGCUCUCCGGCCAAAUCCCUCAGCAAUUGGCUCAACUUACUUUCCUCGAAGUCUUGAACGUUUAUCAUAAUUGUCUCCAAGGACCCAUACCCGUAGGAACACAGUUUAGUACUUUCAGUAUUGAUUCGUUUGAUGGAAAUUCAGGAUUGUGUGGAAUCCCAUUAUUGAAAAAAUGUGAAAAUCCUAAUGCCUCAAUGCCACCGUCUUUGACAUCUGAAGAAGUAAAGCAUCGGAACUGUGUUAAAGUUUGGUUGGAAAAUAGUUGCAACGGGAUAUGGAGCUGGAUUGAUAAUAGGAGUGGCCCAUGGUAUCAACUUUAG